AAGGAUCAUUUUCUUCGCGAGGAAUAUCUCUUGUGGGCCAUUGAAUCCGAUAUGUCUGAUGCGUUUUUGCGUCUUCUCUCUGAUGUCUGCCAUGUCCUUUUUGGCCUUCAGCCCACGAGUGCUGGUCAGGAAAGGGAAAUUGUUCUUUUCACAUUUCUUUAUGCCCCUCCCACAUCAUUGUACCACAUUACUAACACUUGGAUCACUUUAAUACUUCGCCUGGCUUCACCCUUGUCUCUGUCUUCUGGUUUGCUCAGAGGUUGGUUGGCACGCGAAAAGCUACGUAUCUGCCGAUCGGGGUCCCGUGUUUUUCUCCUCAGUCUUUCCUGGUGGCAGCAAUGGCUUGAUUAUACUGGCUCUGAGCAUGGACCUAUUCCUAACGCAUGCACACAAUACGAUCGAGUUCGACAUGCCUGGCAGACUCAAUCAGGCACCGUUUAUCCCAGUGAUUCUCAGAGUUCAAUCUACAACACUUCUUCAACAGUACAGUCUCUUAUGCCGAGACACACGAGUCUCACCACACCACUUAGCUGGCGAGGCGUUGAUUGCAGUUCAUUAACAGAGAUUGGCGACGAUGGUAUCGAUGCUAGGGAAGGCGUCAGCGAUAGAAAAUAUCAAACCAGCUCUGAAGCUAGCCGGACUGACUGGACAGCGUUCACCUCGCAUAGUCGACCUAACCAGACCUUCAUUGGACAAACCCAAGCUGCUGGACUAAAUUACCGAUGCAAGAGAGAUGGAAAUGAGAUGCAGAGACAAGAUCAUGACUGUCUUUACUUAGAGAACCCUGCUGGACCACCUACCCGACCUGGUUGCUUACACUUUUCUGAUCUAUUGGCAUCGCUACAAUCCACCCCUACAGCCUGUUCUGUAAGUUCUGACUUUAUUUAUGAAUGA